AUGUCUCGCAAUAUCACUUUCAAAUUGAGCAACGGUGUCACCAUUCCGGGGUUGGGAUUUGGUACAUUUUCCAACGAAGGGACCAAAGGAGAGGCAUAUAAAGCCGUUCUUCAUGCAUUGCGGACUGGGUACAGGCAUCUCGACUGCGCCUGGUUUUAUUUGAACGAGGAUGAGAUUGGACAAGCCAUCCAUGAUUUUCUCAAGGAAAAUACCGGCGUAAAGCGAUCCGAUUUAUUCAUCACUACCAAGGUCUGGAAUCAUUUGCAUGAAAAGGAAGAGGUGGCCUGGUCUUUGGAAAAUUCAUUGAAGAAUCUUCAGCUGGAUUAUGUCGACCUCUUCCUAAUCCAUUGGCCUAUCGCCUGUGAAAGAGAUGACAAGUACAUGCCAAAGAUCGGCCCUGAUGGCAAGUACGUUAUUAAGAAAGAGUUGACCAAAAACCCUGAGCCCACCUGGCGUGCAAUGGAGGAGCUGUACGAAGCUGGUAAGGCGAAAGCGAUUGGACUAUCGAACUUCACCAUUGCAGGUGUGAAGCAGAUCCUCUCAUUCGCCAAAGUACCGCCACACGCCAACCAGAUCGAAAUUCACCCGUUCCUUCCAAACACCGAGCUUGUCGAGUUCUGCUUCUCGAAGAACAUCAUGCCACAGGCAUACUCACCGCUUGGAUCCCAAAACCAAGUCCCAACAACUGGUGAGAAGGUCGGGACCAAUGCUACACUGAAUGAAAUUGCGAAGAACGGUGGGCACACCUUAGCACAGGUGUUGAUAGCCUGGGGAGAGAGAAGAGGUUAUGUGGUUCUACCAAAGAGCUCAAACCCUCAACGAAUUGAAAGCAACUUUAAGGAAAUCGAGCUGUCCGACGAAGAAUUCGAGGCUGUCAACAAGGUAUCCCAAGGUAGACAUACUCGAUUUGUUAAUAUGAAGGACACUUUCGGUUAUGAUGUCUGGCCAGAGGAAGUUACGCAGUAA